CAUCCGACUUGUGAUGAUAAAUAGAAGGACAACAGAGCGAGCCAGGGAAGCCCAGUGUGAGCUGAACCUUGCCCCAGCCAGCCCGCAGCACAAGAGGCAGAGCAGCACUAUUCUUUUCUCGGCCAAAGACUAUGGCAAGCCAGUUGUACCUCCUCCUCCUUGGCACCUCUCUGGCAGGCCUCCUGCACCUCGGGGAACCCGUUUUCCUAAAUCAAGAAAAGGCUAACCAUGUCCUGAAGAGGACCCGGAGGGCUAAUACACUAUUUGAAGAACUAAAGAAAGGAAAUCUCGAGAGAGAAUGUCUUGAAGAAACCUGUUCUUUUGAAGAAGCCAGAGAAGUCUUUGAAAACCAAGAAAAAACAAUGGAAUUCUGGAACAAAUAUAGAGAUGGUGACCAGUGUGAAAACAACCCUUGUCAGAAUCAAGGGAACUGUAAAGAUGGCCUUGGAGAAUACACCUGCAUAUGUAUGGAAGGAUACGAAGGCAAAAACUGUGAAUUUUCAAAACUAACACUCUGCAGCUUGGAUAAUGGAGAGUGUGACCAGUUCUGCAAAGAAGAAAAGAGCACUGUGGUAUGUAGCUGCGCCAGUGGCUACAUCCUGGGAGAUGAUGGCAAAUCCUGUAUCCCUACAGAACCCUACCCAUGUGGAAAAUACACAGUGGAUAGAAGGAAGAGGUCAGUCAUAGAACCUGCCCUACAAAGUAUCCCUUUUCAAGAGUUAAAUGAGAAUCCACCUUCAGGGCCAGAGACAGAGACCCUGGCUCCCACAAAAGAUCCUUUAAAGGGACUCUUCCCAAAUUACACAGAAAGUGAUGAUAAAGGAAAUGAUUUAACAAGGAUUGUUGGAGGAAGAGAUUGCCAAGAGGGAGAAUGUCCAUGGCAGGCUCUUCUCAUAUAUGAGAACAAAGAAGGAUUCUGUGGAGGUACAAUAUUGAAUGAAUAUUUUGUCCUUUCUGCUGCUCACUGCAUGUACCCAUUGAAAAGAUUCCAAGUCUUAGUAGGUGAGCGGGACACAAGAAAGGAAGAUGGCAAUGAAGAGGCCCAUGAAGUGGAAAAGGUCUUGACACACAAAGGAUUCGUCCUAGAAACCUUUGACAACGACAUCGCUCUCAUCAAGUUAAAGAAACCCAUCCGGUUCCGAAGGAACGUAGCUCCGGCCUGCUUACCAGAAAAGGACUGGGCCGAGGCCGUCCUGAUGAAUCAGAAAGCGGGUGUGGUGAGCGGCUUUGGGCGAAUCCACGAGAAAGGCCGCACUUCCGAAACUCUCAAGAUGCUCACGGUCCCCUUUGUGGAUCGGAACACGUGUAAACUGUCCAGUACCUUCACCGUCACCUCCAACAUGUUCUGUGCUGGCUAUGAAAGCAUAUCUGAGGACGCCUGCGAGGGAGACAGUGGUGGCCCACAUGUGACAAAGUAUAAGGACACGUAUUUUGUCACUGGAAUUGUCAGCUGGGGAGAAGGGUGUGCCAGGAAGGGAAAAUACGGAAUCUACACAAAAGUCACUGCCUACCUUGGAUGGAUAAAAAGGUCCAUGAGAACAAAGAAAGCUCCAUAGAACUGACUGAGGCUUCACUUCCCCUUCUAAUCCUUCUCAUCUGUCCAAGUGCUUCCUCUAUAGGUUAGUUCUAGUUACUGGAGAACAUUCUGAUUAAAAAGAAUUCUAUUCAAGUGAUCUUCUUGUAGCCUUUGGGAUGUAUUUUAUGCUCUUUCUCUGUGGUUUGAAUCCAUGGUUAGGUUUCCAGGUUUCAAAAGAGAAGAUUCCAUACAAUUCCCCAUCCAUUUCAGGUUUUUCUUAAAUUGCUAAAUUACCAUUUUGUCUGUUGUUGACAUUGGUUUUCUCAUAUUCAAUUUGAACCGGAAAAUGCCUGUCUAGACAGCUUAUUCUCACCUCUCCCUUGCCAACUUGGAUAGAUUUUCUUUUAGAAAUCCCACCACAUUUUGGGAGACAUCUAUGUAUUUUAUCUCUACUGUUUCAUAAGAAGUGCCAUUUAAAAAGAAAUGUUUAAAUUUGUAUUAGCAUAGUAUUUUUCUUUACUUGGUAAUGUUUUAUUUAAUUAGCCAUGUAUUAAUAGGGUCAGUAGGUAAUUUUUUUGUUUGGUCAUUUAAGUUGUAUUUGACUCUUUGUGACCCCAUUUGGGUUUUUCUUGGCAAAGAUACUGGAUGGCUUGCCAUUUCUUCACCAGAUCAUUUAAUAUUUGAGGAAACUCAUUAAGCGAUUGUCCUAGAGUCACCUAGUUUGGAAAUGUCUGAGGCAGGUUUGAACUCACGAAGAUGAGUCUUCCUGAGUUUAGGCCUGAUACUCUAUCCAUUUUACCACCUAACUGCCUCUCAGGGUAGACAAUAGCAGGGUUGCAUGAGGGAAUUUCAUUGUUACAGUCACAUAUAAUAUAGAAAGAAAAGACCACUUCCCCUUCCACUUUCCACCAAUGUUUCUGGUGGGCUUAGCUGUCAAUCGCCCAUACCACUUGAGGAUAUAUAUAUAUAUUGCUCAUUGCUGCUCCAGGCUAUAGAACAGCUGUAGAAAAUUCUGAAGCCUCAGGCAUCUGCUUGGCAUAUUUCACACAAACUGUUAGCUUAUUAGGGGAAAUCUAGUAAACUAACAAACAUUUGUUAUUUAAAAAAAAAAACUUAUGAUAGGGGAGGGGAGGAACGAAAGGAAGGAUAGAAUUUAGAACUCAAAACUUUUCUUUAAAAUGCUCUAAAAUUUUUUAAUAAAUAAAUAGAACCUAAAUAAAAAGAAAAACUAAAACAGUCCCUGCACACAAUGAUCUCACAAUCCAAUAGAAAGCUAAAUGGGAACUUUCAACUGGACCUGGGUAUACCCAGAUGGGACAGUAAUCCCAAUCACGCUAUUCAAGGUGAUUAUAGUCUUGGUUGAUUAACAGAAUUAUUUAUCCCUCUUAAUCUUAAGAAAAACAAUUUCUGACUUGUUUUAAACUGUAGGGAGACUUAUUCUGUGUUUGGGCAAAGCAAGCAGUUUCUGUAGUUGUAUAAUGUGAUUAGACCUUAAAAACCUCAACCAGCCUCCAAGCAUUUUGUCUCUUUGGCACCUUUUUUUUUUUCAUAGUGUUUUAUUUCUCCAAAUACAUGUAAAGAUACUCCCUAACAUUCAUCCCUGUGUUCCAAAUUUCCCCCCAUCCCCCAAGACAGCAAGAAAUUUGAAAGAGGCUAAACACAUUUGGCAGUAUUUCUCAUAUGACCUAGU